AUGGUGCAAGCCAAGGUGAUCACCGUGAAGACGAGUCCCUUUGAAGGGCAGAAACCGGGCACCAGUGGCCUGCGCAAGCCAGUGGCCACCUUCAUGCAGCCUCGCUACACCGAGAACUUCGUGCAGGCCAUUCUCGAUGUGGCACUGGCGGGAAAGCCGUCGCCCAAGGAGACGAGUCCCUUUGAAGGGCAGAAACCGGGCACCAGUGGCCUGCGCAAGCCAGUGGCCACCUUCAUGCAGCCUCGCUACACUGAAAACUUCGUGCAGGCCAUUCUCGAUGUGGCACUGGCGGGCAAACCGUCGCCCAGCGAGGUGACGCUGGUCGUCGGCGGCGACGGACGGUACUUCAGCAAGCCCGCCAUCGAGGCAAUCAUCGGCAUUGCUGCUGGCAAUGGGGUUGGCCGCCUGCUGGUGGCCCAUAACGGCAUCAUGUCUACGCCGGCGGUCAGCUCGGUGAUUCGCGCCCUCAAGGCCGACGGCGGCAUCAUCCUCACCGCCAGCCACAACCCCGGCGGCCCCCAGGGCGACUUUGGCAUCAAGUACAACUGCGACAACGGAGGACCGGCGCCAGACAAUAUCACCAAUCAGAUCUUUGCGAGAACAACGGAGCUGAAAGAGUACCGCACGCUGGAGCAGACCGCUGGGCUGGUCGACCUGGCCAUCCUGGGCAAGACGGUGAUCGACCUGGAGGGCGGCAGUGGUGGUCAGCUGACCGUGGAGGUCAUCGACAGCGUAGAGAUCUACCUGCAGCUGCUGAAGACCAUCUUCGACUUUGGCCGGCUGAAGGACUUCCUCGCCAGCCGUAAGAUUCUCAUCGACGCCAUGAACGGCGUCAUGGGCCCCUACGUCAAGCGGAUCCUCGUGGAGGAGCUGGGCGCUCCCGCCGCCUCGGCCAUUCGCUGCACGCCCCUCGAGGACUUUGGCGGAGACCACCCCGACCCCAACCUGACGUACGCCGCCGACCUGGUGGCCAAGCUCACCACCGGCGACUACGACUUUGGCGCCGCCUUUGACGGCGACGGCGACCGAAACAUGAUCCUCGGCCGGGGCGGCUUCUUCGUCACCCCCUCCGAUUCGCUGGCCGUCCUCGCCGACCACCUCGAGGUGAUUCCCUACUUUUCGCAGCGAGGCGUCUCUGGGUACGCUCGCAGCAUGCCCACCUCCCGGGCAGUCGAUCUGGUGGCGGCGGCGAAGGGCAUCGCCGUCUACGAGACGCCCACCGGCUGGAAGUACUUCGGCAAUCUGAUGGACGCGGGCGCAGUGGCCAUCUGCGGCGAGGAGUCUUUUGGCACCGGCUCCGAUCACAUUCGCGAGAAGGACGGCCUGUGGGCGGUGCUCGCCUGGCUCUCCGUCCUCGCCUCCGCCUCUGAUGGAGGUGGUUCAGUGGAGGCACUUCUGAAAGCCCACUGGCGCAAGUACGGCCGCUACUUCUACUCGCGCUACGACUACGAGAACUGCGAGGCGGAGCCCUGCUCGGCGAUGAUGGCCCACAUCAGGGCGCAGCUGACGGCGGCGGACUUCACCGGAAAGGUCUUCAAGACUGCCGAUGGUGCGGAGCUGACGGUGCACCGAGCCUUCGACUACGCCUACACCAACCACCUGACGGGCGAGACGGAAAGCGCAGGAGGGCACGGCCUGGUGGUGCUCUUCAACGGCGGCGCGGCGCGGGCCAUCUUCCGCCUGAGCGGCACCGGCAGCUCCGGCGCCACUGUCCGCCUCUACCUGGAGCAGCACGAGCCGGAUGGGGAGAAGGCGGCGGAGGCGGUGGCCGCAGAGUACGUCAAGCCGCUGGCAGAGGUGGCGCUGGCCAUCUCCAAUCUGGCCCAGUACACCGGUCGCCUGGUGCCCACUGUCAUUACCUAG